CCCCGUACACAGCCCACCUCAGGUCAGAACCAGUUUGGAUUUGACUGCUUCUGCUUGCGGACUGUCAAUCUCUCUCGCAGGCGCUAUUUAUUGAUAUCUGUUGAAGUACUCUUGACUUUCGUAUACUCACCGCAUCCCGAUUCUCCCCCAAGAUUCUCACCAUGGAACGCUCAACUGGGUUGUCCGGCGCGUCUCCCGCAACACCCGCCACUCUUGCGGACCUCCAAAAGCACACCCAUGACCAUGCAGACACUUCAAUGACGUUCGAGUACACCGAACAACUUCUUACCCCCGAGAACAGUCGCUCCGAGACCUCAAGCAACAAUGAGAACGCGUCCCACGAAGAGAAACCGACUCAACGCCGCCGAUCAACACGUGUAACACGCGCUUCGCUGCGGGGGGGCCUCCGACCAGACGACCUGGCUGGGGCGGGUAAACACAAUGGCUCUUCUCUUGGAGACGAGAACGAUCAAUCACUUGCCGGUCAAGGCGAACCCUCCGUUGCGGAGAAGCCGAAGCGAUCAUCCUCUUCCUCCGCCUCCCACCUCCGCCACAGCAUAGCGGUAAUGGAAACAACCCUCUGGGCCAAUGAGCAGUCGAGCCUUGGCAACCACCCCAUGACCCCGGAGACGCAGGCUUCCGAGAAAUCAUCCCAGGAGCCGCCGUCUGAGGACAUUACCACGUCUGUGCAGCGACGGAGUCUCCGCAAGCGCGUGGAGCGGGUGCUGACCCAGGACGAGAAGGAGCAGGAGAAGGUUACAACCAUCGUGGAGGCUGUCAAGGAGAGCAGUCCAAAGCCCACCCGACGCUCAUCGCGGUUGAGCCUCUUGGAGAAGGCAUCGGACUUGGUGGACCGGGCGACCAGCGUCCUGGGAAAGCGCUCGCGUGAUGAGACGGAAAAGGGCAAAGAUAGCGGCGAGCGUCGGUCCGGACUACGACCGCGCAAUGUUAUCGCCCCUAGCAAGGAAGAGCAGCCGGGCUCUGCACCUACCAGUGACCCUUCUUCGAAGAAGAGACGGGUCUCGGAAAGUGACUUGUCUGCUGCGGCCAAGGCUGCUGGAGAGACUACGCAGGAAGCAACGGCACCGGCACCACCCCCCGUGCCGCGCUUCAGACGCAAGCGCUGGCUGGCUCAUGGAUUGUACACUGGGCAAGAGCGCGAGGUUGGACCGCCCAGUCAAAGCCGGAGUAGGAACAGAAGAAAGAGUCAGAACAACAAGAACGAAGCUCCGCCUCAGCGACGGCUGUUACCAAUGCCCAUGUUUGCGGGAGAAAGACUCCUGCAGCGUGGAAGAGACUUUCAGCUUCCGUUCGAUAUCUUCUCGCCGCUGCCCCCCGGUCAACCAAAGCCUGACGAGUGGAGAAAGACUAAUAAAAACGUCUUUGUGGGAGAUGCUGGGAGCAUAUGGCGCGCAAACAAGCAUAUCGACUUGUCCAACUGUAUGUGUACGGAGGAGACUGGCUGCGACGAAGAUUGCCAGAAUCGGCACAUGCUGUACGAGUGUGAUGAUGGCAAUUGCAGGCUGGGCCCUGACUGUGGCAAUCGGAGCUUUGAAGAGCUUAAGCACAGAGCCAAAGUCGGUGGCAAGUACAACGUUGGUGUCGAGGUCAUUAAAACAGAGGAUCGCGGCUACGGAGUUCGCAGCAACCGCACAUUCGAGCCCAACCAAGUCAUUGUGGAAUACACGGGUGAAAUCAUCACUCAGACUGAAUGCGAGAGGCGAAUGCGAACGGUAUACAAGAACAAUGAGUGCUACUAUUUGAUGUACUUUGAUCAAAACAUGAUCAUUGAUGCUACUCGGGGGUCGAUUGCUCGCUUCGUGAAUCAUUCAUGUGAACCGAACUGUCGCAUGGAGAAGUGGACAGUGGCUGGCAAGCCGCGCAUGGCUCUCUUUGCUGGAGAUCGGGGCAUCAUGACUGGGGAGGAGUUGACCUAUGACUACAACUUCGACCCCUAUUCCCAGAAGAACGUCCAACAGUGUCGAUGCGGCGCCUCUAAUUGCCGUGGGAUCCUGGGUCCGCGACCAAGGGAGAAGGACCGGCGCGCAAAAGAGCAAGACGAAAGGCAGAAGCUGGCCGCCUUGAAGAAGCCGGUCAUCAAGCGGAAGGCCAGCACGGUGCUCAGCAAAUCCCCUUCCGGUGUCACCAAGAACCAAAAGAUUCUUACAACCAAGGCAGUCAAGGCAGGUGUAAAGAAGGCGGUCGCACGCGCCCGUGCUUCCGUGUCGAAAUCGACUUCUGCUCGUUCCAAGCAGGCCGUCACCAAGUCAACGAGCAAGACGACCAAAGCGACUGUCAAACCGCUCGCCAGCACGAAAGCAGCUACGACGAAACGAACAUCGAAUCCUGAACCCACGAAAGCCAAGAUCAAGCUUCCCACCGUCAAGGCAACCAAGGCGAAGGCUAGAGCCGCGAUGCCCACGAAGUCCACGCAGACUAAGACCCAAAAGACGCCGGACGCGAAGUCUGCAAAGACCUCGGCGCCAACAAAGACAACAUCCAAGCUUAAUCGGCCCUCCGCAGCCACCAAGGCGAAGAUUCUCGCAGCAGCGAAGGGCACGAAUUCACGAAAACGGCCGACAUCAAAGAAGGAAGAGAGCAAGGGUACAUCCAAGACCAAAUCACCUACCAAAGGGGUGAAGCAGAUCCCUAAAAAGUCGCAGAGUGCGACUAAGACUACGAAGACCGCGUCUCCGAGGAAGAGCAAGAAAUAGAAGUUGCCCGGGUAUCGCAAUCGCAGCUCCCUCGAAAUUUUGGAUGAACUGCUGUUUGUUCCAAGUUCUGGUGACUGACCCCGUCC